AUGGCAUCCGCAGCAGUUCUUCCAACCCCGGUCAACGGCACUUCUGUUGCCGUCGAAGAAAGACCAAAGAUGGAACAAGGACAGGCCGUUAAAAUGCCAACUAUCGCUGAUAUCGGUCCUCCAAAAUUUGACGACCCUUAUAAGGCGCGAGAGUAUUAUAAAGGCCGACUUACACUUGCAUUCAGAAUCUUUGCGAAAUAUGGAUUUGAUGAAGGUGUUGCUGGUCAUAUUACCUUCAGAGAUCCCGUUGAACCAACAUCAUUCUGGGUCAAUCCUUUCGGCGUCGCAUGGCCAACUCUAACGGCCGACGACCUUAUUCUCGUAAAUAAGGAAGGAAAAGUCGUCGAGGGCGGUAAAGUCCGUCUUCUCAAUGCGGCUGCCUAUAUGAUUCAUCACGCAGUUCACGAAGCUCGCCCCGACGUCAUGUGCGUCGCACACUCACAUUCCCUUUACGGCCGUGCAUUCUGCGCCCUUGGAAGGAACCUCGAUAUCACAACCCAAGAUUCUUGUGCUUUCUACAAUGAUAUCGCUCUUUACAAUCAAUUCAAGGGUACCGUCCUCGCCGCCGAAGAAGGUCGACAAAUCGCCUCCGCUUUGGGAUCUCGAAAGGCAGCAUUACUCCAAAACCACGGCCUUUUGACUUGUGGAAAAACUAUUGAGAGCACGAUCUUUUGGUUUAUGAGUUUGGAGAAGAGUUGUCAUGCGCAGUUGUUGGCUGAUGCUGCGGCUGCUGGAAGAGGUGGUGCUACAGUGAAGAUCGAUGAUGAUGAUGCUUUGGAGACUUAUAAGACUGUUGGAACGGAGAUGGCUGGGUGGUUUAGUGCGAAACCUGCUUUUGAUAUUAUGGAAUUGGAGAGUAGGGCUGGGUCCUUGUAUGGGAAUUAUUUGAAGAAGUGA